AUGCCUCCGUCGCAAGGUCUUCCACCGAAGAAUAAUAGCUCCAUCUCUCCGCAGAGCUCCGGUGCGCCACUAUUGCCAGCUGAGCAACAAGCUCCGGACCCAUUGAGCGACGAGACUGAUAUCGACGAACGCCAAAUCGACCCGAAGACUGGUACGAGAAGGAUCUUCGGUCUUGGACUAGGAGGGAAGAAGAGGGAAGAAGGCGAGGCACAAAGUAUGGAGUCGUCACCAGCUGUCGGCAGCGGCAUGCUACCCUCCACACAAGCAGCUAUCAAUGCUAUGAGAGGCCCUUCCACUACAACAAACACUUCAGAGCGAAAAGCACAUCCACAACCUAUACCCAUCUCACCUCGCCAUCCAUACCCAUCCGCUCUCGGCGCAGCAGCCGCAUCGCCCUCUCGCCUCCGCUCCAGCUCUCCACGCCUACACAGCCCCGCCUCAAGCGAGAUCUUCGAGCGUAGCGUGCAAGAACCCAUCCCACUCUCGAAUCUCCAGGAUGAACUCUCACCGGCUCAUAUGCCCACGCAUGUCCUGACGGAAGACCAUAUCCCGCCAGCACUGGAAGCCUCGGUUGAAGCGAUCACGAGCUCGAAGUUGGGUGCGGAUGAGGUGGAGAUUGUGACUUCUUCUGCGCACCAGCCGGCUGGGGAGAAAGUGCUCGAGGGGUCCGCCAGCCAUGUUGAUCUGAGGGAGCUGCAUAAUCCAUCUGGUUUGAGGCAUGCUGGGAGUGAGACGGCGGCAGAUAUGCACAGCUCGCUUGGCCAGCUACCUUCAACUGGGAACCUCAUGGAGGAUGAGGGAGCGAGUACGUACGGCCAACUGGAUCCGAAUGAUGUGCGUCGAUUGAGCUUCAUCUCUUUUGCCGAUGUGGUGCAAACGGAGCAUCAGCAGCAAGCAGCCAGCGGAUCAUCGUUGGGUGAGCUGGGAAGUAAGGACAGUCUGCACAUGGCUAGCCCAUCCUCCUCCUUACCUGGAAGCUUUCCUACGCGAAUACAUGAGCAGCAUGCCAGCUCGCCUAUGCGCUCGCCUACGUCGCCGAAAGGCAGUCUUGGCGGUGGUGUUACCACCCCACCACUACCAGGUGUCAGCAUCAAUCCAGCUUCUGAUCAAUCGCCGGUACGAUCGACCAGUCACAUCGGAUCUCCACCAGGUCAACACGGCGAGUUGAAUAUCGAGACGAUGCGACAGGCUGUUCGUAAGACGGCUAGUGGAGAUUUGAGUGGUGUAAGGAACUCGGGCUUGAGUCCCAUCUCCUCGCCUGAUGUCGAGGGUAGUCGUAGCCGCACCAAUACCUGA